AUGCAGUACAAGAUCCUUGCCACUCUUUUCUUCGCCGCCACGGCCCUGGCCGCCCCUGCGGAUCCUACUGCCACAUCUUCAAGCACAGAGACUACCGACAGCGAUGACACUCUCGAUCUCGAGGACGUGCCCAGCUCCAUUAUGAGCGUUCUAGCAACAGCUAUCCCGGAGUCGUGGUACAAUGACCUCAUGAACCCGGCCUCCCUCUCUGCGAUCGACAGCGCCGCUUCCGCUGGCACCUACCCAGCUUGGUACAACGCGUUGCCUAGCGACGUUAAGUCCUGGGCCACUGAGCAUUUCGGUGCCGACAUCGUUGGUGGUGUCUCGGCAACCGCUGAUAGCAGCUCCACUCCGACUAAGUCUGCUGGUAGCAGCGCCAUCGAGACUGGCUCCAGCAUCACUGCCAGCCAGAUCUCUUCCAACGCCGCCCAGACCACUUCGGCUUCCUCUACCUCAAGCUCCGGCUCUGAGUCAACCUCCAGCUCUGAGUCAACCUCCAGCUCUGCAUCAUCUUCUCCCUCUUCUUCGCAGUCUACCGGUGGUGCUCCCGCGCCUACCGGGGGUGUUGCCAUGGGCGUUGCUGGCGCAGCUGGUAUUUUGGCUCUGGCUCUUGCCCUGUAG